AUGUGCAGCUUUUCAGGACUUGAUGAUUGUGUAUCGCAGCCAUCUAUGCUGAAUUACAUGCAAAAGAUAAAAUCGCCAAACUUUUUAGAGACACUUAAUCCCGAAGAAGCCGUAGAUGAACACUGUGGUUUCCAAUUGAAGCUAGUGUCGUGUAUUCAGGACAUGAAAAGAUGUUAUCCUUCAAUUGGCCCCUCCGUGACCUUUGACCUGGUGAUUUCUGCUGAAAAAUACCUGUGUGCAGAAGGAAAACCAGGAUUCAUUGAAAACUUUCACUGUAUGAUGAACAACUUUGUGAGAGAUCAUAACAAUUUGCAGUCGUGUGGAAAGUUGUAUCCAGAACUUAUCAAAGCAAGAAAACGCAAAACUGGUUCUGGUGUUUCGAGUGAAGAAUGCAGAGCGUUAGAGAAAGUUUUAUCCUGUUUUGAAGACAGGUCCCGGACUCUGUGUGGCGGUAACGCAGCAACUUAUAUACGUUCUUACCUGGAAGCCAUGAUAAAACCUCUGACCAAGGGCAUUACAUGUAACAAUGGGACAGUUACUCAAUAAUGUGACAAUACAAGGAAUCUGGAUUGCAUGAACGAAUUCUCUAUACAUGUAAAAGAAAUGUUAAAAAUGUUUUUAUCACAAGAUAUAGAGAGGAUGAAUAAGGAGAGCGCAGUAGAUAAAUU